CACAUUUUGAUCGUUGGUAUAAUGAUCCAGCAAUCUCUCUCACUGUUUCUAAUCUCCCUAUAUUCCCUCUUUCCCUUGAAUAUCUCUUUCAUUCCGACAUUUUCAUAUGCCUUGAAGAGAAAAAUUUGUAUUGAGGAAACAUAUCAUGGAUGGCGGUAAGGGUAAUGUGGAUGGUACGAAGGGAGGAACGCCCGAUGGUUGGAAACGGAGUGGUCUUAGCAAUGUCAACUCUCAUUGCUCACUCGCUGAAAUGGAUGGUUAUGAUAUGUCCAAGUUAAGGACUAAGUCCAAAUUGAAUUCCGAAAGGCAGAGAUCAUAUGAUGAGAGGUCACUUAGUGAGUUAACAAGUGGUUUAAGCAAAUGUUUGGAAGGUUAUGAGUGCGUGUAUUCACCUGGACGAGCAUCAGUAUAUAGCCCUGAUUCAUGUGAAUGGAACUCCUUCGAGCCACAUCCAAUUUUUGUAGACGCAUGGGAAUCUCUAAGACGGUGUUUGGUAAACUUUAGAGGCCAACCAGUCGGCACAAUUGCUGCUUGUGAUCAUGCUUCCGAGGAGGUCUUGAACUAUGAUCAGGUAUUUGUUCGUGAUUUUGUGCCAAGUGCAAUGGCAUUUCUGAUGAAUGGGGAGCCGGAUAUUGUGAAAAACUUCUUGUUGAAGACACUUCAGCUUCAAGGGUGGGAGAAAAAGGUAGAUAGGUUCAAACUCGGUGAGGGUGCUAUGCCGGCUAGUUUCAAAGUUCUUCAUGAUCCGGUUAGGAAGACGGACACAAUAGCAGCUGACUUUGGUGAAAGUGCCAUUGGGAGAGUGGCGCCCGUUGACUCUGGUUUCUGGUGGAUUAUCCUUCUCCGGGCUUAUACAAAAUCCACGGGAGAUCUGUCUCUGGCUGAGACACCUGACUGUCAAAGGGGGAUGAAGCUUAUUCUUACAUUGUGCCUCUCGGAGGGAUUUGAUACGUUCCCGACUUUACUCUGUGCUGAUGGCUGCUCUAUGAUCGAUCGUAGAAUGGGUGUAUACGGCUACCCUAUUGAGAUCCAAGCACUCUUCUUCAUGGCACUGAGAUCCGCUUUGGUGAUGCUCAAACACGACGAGGAAGGGCGGGAUUUCAUCGAGAGGAUAGUGAAGCGUCUGCACGCCUUGAGCUUCCACAUGAGGAGCUACUUCUGGCUGGAUUUUCAGCAACUGAACGACAUAUACCGGUACAAGACAGAAGAGUACUCUCACACUGCUGUGAACAAGUUCAAUGUGAUCCCGGAUUCUAUCCCAGAUUGGCUGUUUGAUUUCAUGCCGGGGAGAGGUGGAUACUUCGUUGGCAAUGUCAGCCCAGCGAGGAUGGACUUUAGAUGGUUUGCCUUGGGUAAUUGUGUCGCCAUCUUGUCGUCUCUAGCCACACCUGACCAAUCUUCUGCCAUCAUGGACCUCCUCGAAGCUAGGUGGGACGAGCUGGUCGGAGAAAUGCCUGUCAAGAUAUGCUACCCUGCACUUGACGGCCACGAAUGGCGGAUCGUCACCGGCUGUGACCCCAAGAACACUAGAUGGAGUUAUCAUAAUGGAGGUUCUUGGCCAGUUCUCUUAUGGUUGCUAACGGCGGCGUGCAUCAAAACCGGACGCCCACAAAUAGCGAGACGAGCAAUUGACAUAGCCGAGAGUCGCCUGCUCAAGGAUAGCUGGCCUGAGUACUAUGAUGGAAAACUAGGAAGAUACAUAGGCAAGCAAGCUAGGAAAUACCAAACAUGGUCCAUAGCUGGAUACCUUGUGGCCAAAAUGAUGUUAGAGGAUCCUUCUACGUUAGGAAUGAUAUCACUCGAAGAGGAUAAACUAAUGAAGCCCAUUAUUCGAAGGUCCUCAUCAUGGACCUGUUGAAUAAGGGCUCCACGAGAAGAUAUAAUAACGACAUGAAAAACUUUUGGUAGAAGAAAAUUCAAACCGUUCGGUUAUGUAAUUGUACGUGACUCGAGACAAUUAGACAUGUCUCGGGUCCGUAAGAGAACAUGUCGUAUACAAAGCCAUGGGUCCACUACCAAUUUAUUACCAAUCAUCUGUCUGUCUCUCACUCACACACACAUUAGUUACUUCUAUUGGUCCCUCCUCUCAGUUCUGUGACCUGUUGUCUGCUUGAAGAGGAUGGGCCUAAAAAAGGCUUGUGUUAAAUGAGUUGGGCACUGUGUGCUUCAGUUUUGACAGCAUUGAUUGGUUCAGUUUCUUCAUCAUGAGUUAUACCUUACCUCAA